AUGGCGUCACGGCUCGACGAGGGCAUGGUGCAAGCUCAGGCGGCCGCGGUCGUGGCCGACGACAAGAAGAAGCCCAAACCCACGGGACCGUGCGCGAAGGAGGGCGAGAACUGCCUGGACUCGCAGUGCUGCGCGGCCCCGGGGAUGCAGUGCUACGCCGAGCAGCAGUACUGGGCGCGCCUCGCGUCCCCGAGCCACUCUCUGGCUGCAGAGGCGCCCGCGAGCAGCUCGAGAGGUCGGUAG